GACGGCCAUCUUUUCUGGCGCCGGGGGCUUUGCUGUGUAAAGAGUAGCGGGAGUUCUGGUGAAUUCUGUGCCAGGAUCAUCGCCAUUAACUCCUGGACCGGGAAGUGGCGUAUCUCAUCCAUUAUUUGUGGAAAAGGCGAACUGCCCAGGACAUUACUGGGCUUUUAUGAGGCAAGGGCUUUACCAGACUAGAUGAAUUUCCUUCGACAUGUCGGAGAAGUCGGGUCAGAGCACAAAAGCAAAGGAUGGGAAAAAGUAUGCCACACUCAGCCUCUAUAACACAUAUAAAGGAAAGUCAUUAGAAACGCAGAAAACUGCUGUUGCUGCUCGCCAUGGGCUUCAAAGCUUGGGAAAGGUUGCUGUCUCCCGGCGGAUGCCGCCUCCUGCUAAUUUGCCCAGUCUUAAAUCUGAAAAUAAAGGCAAUGAUCCUAACGUGAACAUUGUGCCCAAGGAUGGUACAGGUUGGGCAUCUAAGCAAGAUCUGCCUGAAGAAGAAAAAACACCAGAAGUGCCGCCACCGCCGCCACCACCACCGCCGCCACCACCACCACCAAAACCAGUUGUUGCUGCUCCUUUAGAGAUUCCUGCUGUUGCCAAAUCAUGGGCUAAUACUAAGCCAGGAGGGUCAGUGGAUGUAGUUCAUGUGAACCGAUAUUUCCAACAAGAGUUUCCUAGUCUGCAGGCAGCUGGAGACCAUGAGAAAGUAAGAGAAAAAGAUACAGCAGAGAAUAAUUAUGGACCCGGACCAAGUUUACGACCACAGACUGAUGUGGCUAGUUGGCGGGAAGGUGGAGGAAGGAACCUGGGAACCUGUGAUACAGAAAAUGCUGCAGAUGAAAGUAACAUGAGUAGUCCUCUAACUGAAGCUUUGGAUCAGAGCAAUGCCGUUGACAAACGGGAUAACAGAUUUCCUCAUGGUACUUCAACACAGUCUCAACUUAAGCUAAAUGGACACCAGUCUGGUCAACCACCUCAAUAUAGAGGCAUGAUGCCUCCAUUUGCUGGAAAUGUAAGAUUAUAGACAAAUAUAAAUCAUGCAAACCUACAA